GCGGCGCCACUUUCCUGCAUAUUCAUGAGCUUAUUUAUUAUUCAUGAGCUUUCGCGGGCUUUUUGGUCACGUGAUUCCAUUUCGCGCGGAAUUCGGGCUGCAUCCGGCGCUGUGAACAGGAAAGGGGGAGCGGUGAAGAAAAGCGGCAGAGAUGGCGGUGAGUAGGCGCUGGACUCGGGGGCUGCACACGAUUGCAUUGCGGGGGGUUGGGCUAGAUGACCCUGGGAGUCCCUUCCAACUGAUUCUAUGGUUCUCCCGGUUGACGCUGAUAAGAGUUUCCUUUCCCCCAUCUGAGACCUCCCUCGGGCCUUUUGUCUUCCUCCCAUUGUGGCCGGCCUGGGGUGCUGCGGAGGAAUCUUACUCAAAGAACCACCCAUUUGCUUGGGAGGGUGUUUGUAGGCUGACGGCGUCUACACCCCAACUAUGUUCUGCGGUGGGGGGAAGGAAGGAAGUGGACUUUUUGUUCAACGCCAGCCUGCAAAAUACCCCGCCUCACCCUACGCACGAGCCCAGCCCUCGCUUGGAAGGGGUGAAUCUGUGUCCCGGCUGCACCACUUCAGAAUGCAGGGGCAAUUUGCGUGUGGAAUUAAGUUUCCUUUCAAAAUCUAUUCCCUGCGUGUAAACAAGUAACCCUGUGCACGCUUAGUGCAAGCCUGCCCUGCUGAACUCUGAAGGGUUUACCUCUGAUGAAGCAUGUGUAUGAUUGCACUGCACUUGAUCAGGGGAAGGAUUCUGCUUCCUGACGUGGGAUGGUGUACAUACCAUAUGUUUAAAGCACAUCCCUUCAUACCCCAAGAACCCAGCUUUUAAGGAUAUUGUUUAUUGUAAAUUUUAUGCUUGGCACCAUGUGUUUUCUUAGGAUUCCUCAGAGUCCAAUGUGGCAACCAGCCCUGCGCACAGCUCUCGUAGGGGAGAAGCCUUCACUUCCAGUCCCGGGAGAGAUCUGCCCCCCUUUGAGGAUGAAUCUGAAGGACUCUUGGGAACAGAGCAGCUCCCUGAUGAAGAAGAAGAUGAUGGAGAAGAGCUGUUUGGAGAAGGGAUGGAAAGGUAGGAGACUCGCUCUCCGGUGGCCAAAUCCUCCUGUGAGAUUUAUCUUCUGUUGUGGCGGAAUUCAGGUGAUACACCUGCAGUUGUUAUUCCACGCAAAAAUGGCAAAUGUCGUACAGUUUGUGCCUAUGUGCCUUGCGUUUUUCCUGGGUAGGUGCUGUGCACCAGACUCCUUUAAGAGGAGCUUGUGAACAGGUGCUUGUGUCUGCUGUAAAUUUAAGUGAGGUAUACAGAUGAGUCACGCACGCUAUGCAGAUUGAUUAACUGAAGAAUGUGCGUGUCUAGGGACUACCGCCCUAUUCCAGAGCUUGAUCGCUACGUACCUGAAGGCAUGGCCACGGAUGAUGAAGAUGUGGAGGAACUGACUGCCAGCCAAAGGGAAGCAGCAGAGAGAGCAAUGCGGCAGAGGGACCGUGAGAUGGGCCGUGGUCCUGGCCGCAUGCACGUUGGUAUACUUUAUGGUAUGUAUUUGCAGCUUAAUAGCAUAAGGAAAGUCCUGCUUGAUCAGAGCAAAUGCCCGUCUGCUCCAGUUCCCUUUUCUGAUAGUGGCCAGCCAGAUGCAAGAGCCAAUGGCUGCCAUUGGUUCCCCAGCAACUGGCAUUCAGGAGUAAUUGUGCCUAGUAGCUGUUGAUACCGUUGGCCUCUAUGAACCUGUCUAAUCCCCUUUUAAAGUCAUCCAGAUGGGUGGCCAUCACAUUGUUGUAUCUUGUGGUGGUGAAGUCUAUCAUUCCAUUGUGUACAGUUUGAAUAAGUACUUCCUUUUCUCUGUUGUAAAUCACCCACCGUUCAGUUUGUUCGGAUGACCCCAGGUUUUAGCAUUAUGAGGUGGGGAAGAAAACCAUCUAUAAAGCUUGUUUCUAUUUGCUUGAUAGCUUAUACCUGUACAAUGCAUCUUCUGAAGAGCAGCUGGCUGGCACUUCUAUUUGUAUAAAUUUAUAUAUUAAGAAUAUUUGUAGGUUGCCCUUCGGCAAUGCUUUCAAAAUGAUUUACAGUGACUCAGUUCAAGUGUAAUGCAGCAGCAGCAAUACCAGAGAAAGGAGCAAAGUGGCUGCAGUGUCCUCUCCUGGAGGCCAUGCAAUAGUUUGCAUUUAGAUCUUUCAGAUAGGAAACAUUUUUAAAAUGAUCUUUAAAAUUCCAAGAUAUUGAGCGAUAGCAGAGCAAUUUUAGGCUGUAAUCCAGUGUGCACAUAACCUAUUGAGUGCACCAAGACUUACUUCCACAACGGGUGACGCUGUGGUCUAAACCACUGAGCCUCUUGGGCUUGCUGAUCGGAAGGUCAGCAGUUCGAAUGCCCACAAUGAGGUGAACUCCCAUUGCUCUGUCCCAGCUUUUGCCAACCUAGCAGUUCGAAAUCAUGCCAGUGUAAGUAGAUAAAUAGGUAAUGCUGCAGCGGGAAGGUAAACAGUGUUUCCGUGCACUCUGGCACUCGUCACGGUCCUCUGUGCACCAGUCACGCCUUAGUCAUGCUGGCCACAUGACCCAGAAAACUGUCUGUGGACAAAUACCGGCUCCCUCGGCCUGAAAGCGAGAUGAGCGCCGCAACCCCAUAAUCGCCUUUGACUGGACUUAACCUUCCAGGGGUCCUUUACCUUUACCUUUUUAUCUUUUACUUCCAUGUAAACGUGCAUAAGAUUGCACUGUUAAUAUUGCGUGUCUCAUUUUGUAAGCAUGCAAGGCAUGGGUUCUAAUCCCAAAACGGGAUGUGAGGUCGUUAGGCUUGGAGCUGUAUCUUGUCACAGAGAUUGGCUCUCCAGAAUUGUCUACAUUAACCGGUAGCAUCAAAAGCCUUAUGUCUGAUAUGUCCUUUUUAAAAAACAAAACAAAACUUUUCGCCCUUUGGAAACUCCAGAUAGCGAUGAUGAAGAUGAGGACCGUCCUUUGCGGAAGAGGCGCCUGGCUGAGCGAGCUGCUGAUGGCGAGGAUGAAGAUGAAGACAUGAUCGAGAGCAUUGAGAACCUGGAAGACAUGAAAGGGCACUCUGUGAGGGAGUGGGUGUCUAUGGUAGCACCUCGGCUUGAGAUCUACCACCGUUUCAAGAACUUCCUGAAGACUCAUGUGGAUGACCAUGGCCACAAUGUCUUUAAGGAGAGGAUCAGUGACAUGUGCAAAGGUACAGCUGUGUAGGAAUAUGGGGAGAGGAUGGGGAAGAGCACCCAUUUCCUCAAUGUUUUCAUCGAUGACUGAAAUCAUGUUCAGAUGCAUCUCCUUUCUGAUCUGGUACCCACUGUUUUUUUUAUUAUUAUUCCCAGCAUCUUCAUCAGUGUAACUGAUUAGUGAAGUGACUAACCUAUAGGGCUUCUGCAGCUUUAAUUUCUAGCCUAUGCCAUACCUGUAUAGAUAUUAUAGAUUUAUAGUUCAGAAGUGAUCAGAUAACAAGAGGAAGAGUAGAAGGUUACACCUGAUAUUCAGAACGGUUCAUAUGCUAUUAGAUAACAUGAUAUGCAAUACAUUUAUAUGUUGUAGAAGAGGAUUUGUAAGAUCGUAGUGCUUAUUGUACAAGAUAUUUAACACUUUUUAUGAUGGGUUGGAAAAACUGAGCCACCAUUUGUCAAAAACGUACUUGUCUUUGUGUCUUUGUGCCAAAGAGAACAGAGAGAGCCUGGUGGUGAAUUACGAAGAUUUGGCUGCUCGGGAGCACGUCCUCGCCUAUUUUCUUCCAGAAGCCCCAGCGGAAAUGUUGAAGAUCUUUGAUGAAGCAGCCAAGGAAGUGGUGCUAGCUAUGUACCCCAAAUAUGACCGGAUUGCCAAGGAAAUCCACGUCCGCAUCUCCCAUUUGCCUCUGGUGGAGGAGUUAAGAUCACUCAGGUGAGCAAUUGGUUUGGUUUGGGGGAGGAGCAGUCCUGCUGAGACUUCUGGUGGAUAAGCUCCUUAAUGAAAUAUAAAUGGCCAGGAUGUGCAGACAGCCAGGCUUGCAAACAGCUACUUGCCUCAUCCCCUGUGACCACAACAAGUAACCAUUUAGUGACAGCAUUAGGGUAGAAUGUUAUUUGAGUGGUUGGGGGAAGCUCUGUGUUUGUUAAAUCUUCCCUAAGCGGAAGCAAACCUCUCCUUUUCACGUUACUCCUCCAAUCUGUAACAUAUUCCUUUAGAGGAUUUACUGUUUUCAGUCAGAUUUAUGUUGAAAUGAAUGUUUAGGAUUAGAAUUGUAAUUUCAGAUUCUGUGCGUGUUUAAAAAGAAAUUGUUUGGAUCCAGUGCAUUGGACCCAGGCUUUAGAGUAGACCCAUUGAAAUCAAUGGGACUCGAGUUAGAUCAUCUGAUGCCUCACUGAUUUCAGUGGGUCUACUCUAAGCCUGAGUAAGUCUGAAUCCAAACCUAGGUGGUGCAGAAAACUCAAGUACCCCCACCCAAAUUAGGAGAAUAUUUAAGGAGAUUGAGAACCUGUGUCGACCACAUGUAGUUGUGCUCCAGUCUUGAUUGGGAGGUGGAAGUCCCAGCAAAACCUGGAGGGCCUCCGCUGGCUCCUUUCUCCUGUUGUAAGACCUGCAUUCUCCCAUGCUUUGGAGACCAUGAGCAACCCUGAAGAAAAAGAGGCUCCAGAAAAAUCCCAGCCUAGAGAGCAGGCUACUGGGGGCAGGAAGAUUGUGAAAGGAGGGAAUUGGGCAGCUGCAAUGGAGAAGGGAGUUCAUGGCUUUCUGUACACCCAGUGGAUCAUACCUUUAUCUCCCCCUACCUCUGUGUGGCACCUUUGACAGGUGGGAGGGACCACCCACUGGUCAGUCACCUGACUUAAUGGUGAUAGGUGAUUGAAACCUGUGCCUCCUAAAAGGCCAAACGUCAGCUGACAGUUGGGCAUUUAGGAAGUGCUGAGCAAGGGGUCCAUAAGUCCUGUGCUUUGUGCUUCAGAAGAGCUGAGCCCCAAGGCUUGCAAAGUGUCUUGCACGGCGCUUCCCAAACGCCCAGCAACUAGUUGACUGCUGCCUCCUCAGCUCUAGUAUCCGCCUGGGAUGUUGUAGCUGCAAUUCUUUCCUUCUCACUCCUUGGGUGGCAAGACUUCUGAUGGUUGUGGUGUGUGUUUCGUUAGGGAGCUGCUAUGAAUAAGAACUUGUUUUCGUAAAAUAAUCCAUUCUAAGACAGUGAACCUGUUUUAAUUGCAUUUGGAUUGCCAUGAUAGCCUGCAGACGACUGCGGUUAUUUUUCACUUCCCUAAAGUACGGGAUCUAUCUCAACAGUUAUUUAUUUCGCUUUUCCUCUCAGGCAGCUGCACUUGAACCAGCUGAUCCGGACGAGUGGAGUUGUGACGAGCUGCACAGGGGUCCUGCCCCAGCUCAGCAUGGUCAAAUACAACUGCACCAAGUGCAGCUUCAUCCUAGGGCCUUUUACACAGUCCCAGAACCAGGAAGUAAAGCCAGGAUCCUGCCCAGAGUGUCAGUCUGUGGGUCCCUUUGAAAUUAACAUGGAAGAGGUAAGCAAGGAUUAGGGUGAUUUUAGGAGUCUGGCUCCUGCUGUUUUAUGUCUUAACAUGCAUAUGUCAUAUAUAGCUGGGACAAAUUAGCCCAGAACUCAGCUCUUUCUGCUUUGCUUGGAGGUAUUUAAGGAGAGACUGAUAAGUCAUAAUAUUCCAUUUGACCUAGUCCAGUAUACCCAGACUGCACUGCUGCAGGCAACCCUAUCCAUCACCUUCCCAAAGAGCGGUAACCUUAGCCAGUGUGGUGUAGUGGUUAAGAGCAGUGGACUCGUAAUCUGGUAAACUGGGUUUGCUUCCCCGCUCCUCUACAUGCAGCUGCUGGGUGACCUUGGGCUAGUCACACUUCUCUGAAGUCUCUCAGCCCCACUCACCUCACAGAGUGUUUGUUGUGGGGGAGGAAGAGAAAGGAGAUUGUUAGCCACUUUGAGACUCCUUUGGGUAGUGAUAAAACUGGAUAUCAAAUCCAAACUCUUCUUCUUCUUCAGGGAAUCUGGCAUGUGUUGGCACCUUGAAAGGUGGUGCUUUUGUUUAAAGUCAAUGGAACUUUGUAUAGUGGUGGUUUGCGGAGUGAUAGUCUGCCUUGUGUGGACACUUCACAAUGCAGUAGAUACAAGACAUUCUCUGUCUUUUUGCAGCUGCAUACUGACAAGGCUACUCUCCUGGAGGCUUCUUGUGUGGCUGUAAGGGCAAGGGGCCUGUCCUUGCAUGAAAGCAUAGAAUUCCAUACUAGUCCUCAUAAAUUCAGUGCUGAUACAUAGAAAACAUUUGUACCAUUUCCUUCCCUAUAGAGCCAAGCCUUACAAGGCUUUGGGCUUGCAAACAUAACGGAAAAAUGACCUAGAGAGGCCUGUUUGCAAUGCCUCUUUUGAUAUUGUGGCUUCCUUCUUUCCAUUCUGGAAUGUUGGUUGGGGUGUGUGUCCGUGUCCUUUUUGUUGCCUUUGACCUGCUGGCUGAUUAAUAUUGUUUCCCCACAGACAGUCUACCAGAACUACCAGCGCAUCAAAAUCCAGGAGAGCCCAGGGAAAGUAGCAGCGGGCAGGCUCCCUCGCUCCAAGGAUGCCAUCUUGCUUGCCGACCUAGUUGACAGCUGCAAGCCAGGAGACGAGAUUGUGAGUAUGAUGCCAGAGGAAGGAGAGGGAGAAGCCCAGAGAGACUAUGGCACUCACAAAAUCAUUUUAAAAAUGGUCUUGUGUAUAGAAUUUGAGAAGGGGGUGCUUGUCAUCUUGAUUAAAAUUGUACUGUGUGUAUGAAGCAUGCGCCUUAAAUCUGUCAGAAUGCUAACUCAAGGCUUCUUAAGCCCCCCGCCCCCCUGGUGGUUUUGUACAUUAUACUCAAUAGCAGAAAAUAAAGACCUGGGUCAUUUCCAUAUUUUUGCAGAUACUUUUUUUAUCUGCAUGAUGACACACGCACCUGUCUAGGCUUGUAGGCUGCCAACUCAGGUUUAUAUCUAGAUUCCUUGGAAAUUAAGACUCUUGGCAUGCUGUGCAGAACUUCAAAGAAGCGAAGGCGCUGUUGUCAGCAGAAUAGUUUAAAGGAAAACAGAUGAUGAUGGGUUUUUUCCAGGUAGAAGUUGCAGAUGUUGUGUUAAUAUGUCAUAUGCAUCACAUCUAUUAAACAGAACAAUAGUGUCCACGCCACUCUGAGGAAACUUCUUCAGACACUUAACUAUGCUUCGAACAGCAUCAAAUAGAGUUAGCAACUUGUUUCUAGAGCAGCUCAGUCACGAAUAUGUCACCAGGAUGCCAAAAUGCAUCUAUCUACUCAGCUUGGCUUUUCAUUAUCUUCAGGGGCUCCUUCAGUUGCAGGGAUUUGUCUUGGUAACAGUGACUAAAGAAUCUCUCUCCUCACCCCCCCCCCCUUUUGCCUUUCAGGAGCUAACUGGAAUAUACCAUAAUAAUUAUGACGGAUCUUUGAACACUGCCAAUGGCUUUCCUGUCUUUGCGACAGUGAUCCUGGCUAAUCACAUUGCCAAGAAGGAUAAUAAGGUGGCUGUUGGGGAGCUCACAGAUGAGGACAUGAAGGUCAUCGUAGGCCUGUCCAAGGAUGAGCAGAUUGGAGAGAAAGUGAGUUUGGAACCCAAAUUCACCUUGGGGUUUUUUGUUUCCCACUUGAGGACAGGGAAUGGGUUAACCAGUCAGAACCUGCAUGGAGGAACUUGGCAUGUAGAAGAUUCCAGUGGGUUGCACUCUCCCCAAAUAUUUUCUGUCACUCCAUUUAUUCCUCCAGCGUUUAGCUACGGUGUGUUUGUAUUUCAUGUGUGUAGGAGAAUUAUCGCUCCCCUAGUAGCAGGCUUUACCACCCCUUCACUUCCAUAGUCUAGCUAUUCAUCCAAAGGCAAGCAGCUUUUUGAUUCCAAGAACAGAAAGUCCCACAGGCUUCAAGUUAAAUAAAUAAAUAAAUUCCCUGCUACAGAACUCUUUUGGAGCAGCCACUGUGGUUCUCCCCAAAAAACUACGCAAAAUCAAAAGGUAUGCUCACAAUAUGCAGUUAUAAGGUGCUGAGUGUUACCUGGGUCCCCUAACCCUUUCUAAAUUAGCACAUAAAAAUAUGCACAUUUGUCAAUUUUAUAUCCCACCUUUCCUUCAAGGAUCUCAAGGUAGUGCGCAUGGUUCUCCUCUUCUCUAUUUUAUGCGCGCAACAGCCCUGUGAGAUAGGUUGGACUGAGAGACUGUGAUCCCUUGAGCUUGCUGGCUGAGUGUCUCAAACCAUAGCACCACACAUGCAGUCAUGUGCACCAUUGUUCUCUCUUACCGCUGCAUAUGGCUGAUCUUGCUAGGCAAGUGGAACAAGGGCUGCACCUCUAGAGCCUUUAAGCAGCUUUUCCUUGUAACAUGGCUGCUUCUCUUGCUACCUCUUUGUCAUCCAAGAUGACGUCCUGAAAACAGCUGCUGCUUCCCUUGCAGAUCUUUGCCAGCAUUGCUCCUUCUAUCUAUGGACACGAAGACAUCAAAAGGGGCCUGGCUCUAGCCCUGUUUGGAGGAGAACCCAAAAAUCCAGGUAGGUCAAAGAGCUUGUUACCCAAAGAAGCUGUCUGAUCAAUAUUACCUUAACUGCUGCAGAGGUUAUCUCUAUAGUGCUACAAGGAAAUUACACCGGAGAGGUGUGACUUGACAGUUUUGAAAGGCGACUCCUAAUUUUCAGUGCAGUUCACUCAUCUCGUUGCAAUCAGAAGAAAUUGGUUAGUCUCCACUUUGAACGUUUUGCAGAAGACCUUUCUGCCCAAAAUGUUUGCAAUAUACGGCAUGAUUCUAAAGUUCCCAGAACUUUUCUGUCCAUUGUCCAGUUACCUGGUGGCCUGGUUUUUAUUUCCAGGUGUCUGUCCUUCCCAGUUUUAUGGCCCUUGCGAAAGGAUACCAGCAUAGUACACCAUUCUGCAUUGUUUUAUCUUUUUAUUGUUGAAAUACCUCCUUCAGUAUUACAUUGCUCCUCUAGAGGGCAGCACUUGAGUUCCACAUUUUAGUGUACAGUACUGUACAUGAACGAUGAGCUUUUCGUUAGACUCGCUUUUUGUGUGUGUCGUUAAACGCUUUAGGAGGGAAACAUAAGGUCCGUGGUGACAUCAACGUCUUGCUUUGCGGAGAUCCUGGAACGGCCAAGUCUCAGUUCCUCAAAUAUGUGGAGAAAGCGUCCAGCAGAGCGAUCUUCACCACUGGCCAGGGAGCUUCCGCUGUCGGUCUGACCGCUUACGUGCAGAGGCACCCCGUGAGCAAGGAGUGGACCCUCGAGGCAGGAGCCCUUGUGCUGGCAGACAGGGGGGUUUGCUUGAUAGAUGAAUUUGACAAGGUGAGCGUUGAUUUGGGCACCAGGACCAAGGUAGAUUUUGAAUAAAGCUGCCUGGGCUGUGCAAGGCCUGUGAACCUGCCCAAGGCUGCAGACUCGGAUCUUUGACCUGGAAGCAAAGGAGACACCAUUCCUGCAAAGCAUUUAGCUUAUUUGUUUGUUUUUAUUUUGCAAGGUUCAUAUGCUGCUUGAUUGCAGUAAAACCUCAAAGUGGUUUACAAAAAAAAAGAAUAAAACAAUAAAAUUAGCAGUAAACACCAACUAUUUAAAACACCAACUAUUCCCCCACCCCACCCCCCAAAAAAAUUAAAAUCGUAUAAGCAAUGGAUUACUGAAAGAUUUAAUGGUAGCGGAGUUUAGAUAAUUAAAAGGAGCUAAUUAAAAGGAGAGUAAAGAAACAAACAUCAGGAAAGUGGUGGGAAGUCAAGAAGAAAAUUUGUAUGUUAAAAAAGUUGUAUUAUUAUGAUAAAUGCUUUGAAAUAUUUUUGGAGACUUAAUAAAAAUGAUAGAUAGAUAGAUAGAUAGAUAGAGAUUAAAAUCAACAAUAAGCUGAAAAACCACAUCGAAACACAUGUCAGCAUUUGACAUGUCUGGAUAGCCUUGCCUAAACAAAAAUGUUUUUAGCAGGUGUACUGUGUACAUUGAAAGUGCCAUCCUGUUGUCAAUAGGCAGGGAGUUCCAAAGAGUGGGUGCUGUCAGUUUCUUAUGUGGUACCUGAACAGUGCCAGUUCCGCAGAUUGAAGCAGUCAGUGGGCAUAUAUGGGGUAAGGGUGGGAUAGAUUUUAAAAAUAUGAACAAUAAGUAAAAUAUAAACAGGUAGCACUAGCUUUUGAAUUUGUGACUCUCUGGGAAAAUGCUUCUCUCGAGAAGUUGGGAAGAGAAUAUAGUGCAAUGGCAGGGCACAUGGAAGGUGCUAGGUACAGACCAUGGACCUCUCCAGGUUGUUGUUUUUUAACGUAGCAGUUGAAAGGAAAGGCCUUCUGCCUGAGACUGGAGAGCCACCAAUGGUGCUCAAUGAACAGAUAGCCUGGUCUGCUAUAAGCCAGUGUCCUAUGGGGUUUUCUGUCCUAGAAAAUUCCUAAAUGGGUAAAUAGCUAAACAUAGUUGCUUGGAGGCUUCUGGUGAUGUCGCUCUUUAUUAUAAGUAUUCAGGGGUUGAGUUGCUUUGAUAGGUGAAUGCCUUUGUCUUUCUUCAGAUGACUGAUCAGGACAGGACCAGCAUCCAUGAAGCCAUGGAGCAGCAGAGCAUCUCCAUCUCCAAGGCUGGCAUUGUCACAUCUCUGCAAGCUCGCUGCACCAUCAUUGCUGCUGCCAACCCCAUAGGUAUGAGUCAGGGGUGUAGGAAGCUGUUGCUAUUCCACAGUUGCUCAAAAAGACGCACGCUGUUGGCUUUACAGCUGCCUUGUUCUUUGGAUGUUCUGCUGCGUGUUUGUAGGUCUGGCGAGGGGGAAAGGAAUCUGUGACUGUAAUCAGGGGUGCAAAGAUGAAUCGGUACCACGAAAGGGGGAAAGCAUUGGUCUUUGGGUUCAGCAGCUCUUUCUAAUUCGCUAUCUUUCCUUCUAGGUGGGCGCUAUGACCCUUCCUUGACUUUCUCAGAAAAUGUGGAUCUGACUGAGCCCAUCAUAUCUCGGUUUGAUAUCCUCUGUGUGGUCAGGGACACAGUGGAUCCUGUACAGGUAUGAGGCUUUGCAAGUUCUUUAUGACCUGAGCAAGGCUUGAGGACUGAUUCGCCAAGGGGCUACCAACUGGCAUAGUUUUAUGAAGGAGCAGUGAUAAAUUCUGCAUCCCAGCAGCCUUGUCCCUUGAGGACACUUUGGAUGAACGCAGCUGCUUAGUAACACGGUCCAGCUCUUGCAUAUCUUCAGCCCAGGGUUGCCCUUUCUCUUUUCCUCUACGUUGCAAGUUGCUUGGUGUAGGUUUUUAUCUUUUGGGACUUCUAAAAGACGUGAUUUCAUUGCCUGUUCCCUCUUCAAUGACUCGUUGCAGGACGAGAUGCUGGCUCGGUUUGUUGUCGGCAGUCACAUCAAACAUCACCCCAACAGCAAGGACGUUGCGAACGGAGACUCCCAAGAGAUUGUCCUCCCAAAUACUUAUGGCGUGGAACCCAUCCCGCAGGAGAUCCUGAAGAAGUACAUUAUUUAUGCAAAGGAAAAAGUCCACCCAAAACUCAACCAGAUGGACCAGGACAAAGUUGCCAGGAUGUACAGUGAACUCAGGAAAGAAUCCAUGGUAAGCAGACAUGGCAGGAAGUAAGGCGAUAACACAGGGCAGAGGCGCCUCCAUGCCUUGCUCUGCUACCUAAAGAUGCAGGAAACUGAAUUGUUGGGCCUUGUGCAGAUGAUACCCCUCUCACCUGACAAGUGAAGCAGCUCCAAGGCAGCCCUGGAGCUCCUGUGUCUUUUUAGAAGAGUUUUAUCUGCUAAAUCAUCCAGCUAGGAGGUUGCGCGUCUUCUGCGCAUUGCAGUUUGUCUGCCAGCAGAUGGUGCACUCUAUCUAGUUGUUGGUAGCAUUGAACUAAGGCAGUGUCCACAAAACCCACCUAGGCAGUCUGCGGCUCCAUUCACAUAACAAAAAACUACCAUAGAAAUAGCCCCCCCCCCCAAAGCCAACAGCCACAGAGGCUCUGUAGGACAAUUGGGAAGCACUGAACUGAGGUGUGCUGGAAGAAUUCGUUCGCUCCAUGUUUUUAAUCAAAGUCCUGUUCCCAGAGGAUCUUCGUAGAAUGGGGUGUUACGGCUCAGUCAACACUUUGCCAGCUUUUUUUCUUCUGUCAGCUUACAGUUUUGCACAGCGAUCAAAGGGCUGCUUCUCAAGUUUAAAUGUCUCCCUGCCCGCCUUGCAGGUGACAGCAGCUUCAAGCAGCUAGGAAGCCUGAUAUGAUUUCUGCUGAGGCCUUCCAAGUGGGGCCUCAAGUGAUGGCUAAUUGUCCUCCCAGGACCUCUUCCCCUUCCAUCUCUUAAGUGGGAUUUACUGCAAUUGGCCAUCUGUUUUGAAAAACAGGGAGAACAGUGCAUUACUGGCCCCAGAGUCACUUCUGGGCCACAUUUGACACACCUGUGUGGUGACCAUUGGCCUUCUCUAUUCGCUUGGCACUGCUGUCAAUUGUGAGGGAAAAAUUAUUUUUUGAACUGAAAAGUUGUGUGUGUGAAGUUUAAUUUCGCUGAAGUUUAUCUACAGCACAUGAAUAAUAUUUUUGAGCAUGCAGCUCAAGGGCAGCUUGAAAGGCAGCCCUCUGGUUAUCUCAUAAAACAGUUAGUGUUACUGGUUUUAUUUCUGGGUUUUUUUGUGCGGGUUUUAAAAAAAAUCUCAAACUGAGGGACUGAAUGGACAAGAGUGAUGUGGAACACGCUUGUUUUGAUCCAAGCUUUAAUCCUCCUUAUUCAUUAUAUUUCUGCUAAUCUCCCUGUGCUCUUUAUAUGUCUUUCACUGUGUUUUAACUGAGUUUGUCCAGCUUCUACAAUAUACUACUUCACAGCAGGCAAAAGGGGCUUACUAACUGAUACGUUGCCGACAUACAUAGGCAACGAGGUCAGAAGCAAGCUCUUCGCAAGUUGGGAUGCUCCUUCUCUCUCCCUGCAGGCGACAGGAAGCAUCCCCAUCACCGUGCGUCACAUUGAGUCCAUGAUCCGGAUGGCCGAGGCCCACGCCCGCAUGCACCUGCGGGACUACGUAGUGGAGGACGAUGUCAACAUGGCCAUCCGGGUGAUGCUGGAGAGCUUCAUUGACACGCAGAAAUUUAGUGUCAUGAGGAGCAUGCGGAAGGUAUGUGAGGCUGCACUUGUGGGCUGCGUAGAUGGGAGGUCCUCAUUUUCUUUCCUUUUUAAAGGAAUAUGGGGUCAACAACUGACAGCUCCAGAACUUCAGUGUAAUUGGGGUACAGGACUAGACCCAAACAGUGGCUCAGUUCUUUGUACAUGUUUAUAUUGGCCUCAUUGGAUCUACUAACUAGGCAGACUGAAAACAGCUAGGGGUGGUUAGACUAAAGACCCUCGUUAUUUUUUUUGAGAAGUCAAAGCCCCUAGAGCAGAUGCAUUGAUUUCCUGUGUCAGUAGCCUGAGCCUAUGAAACAAAAGAACAAGAGAUCCCAUGCAAGUGACUUUCUCCAUUCACUCUCCUUUGCAGUAGGAUAUAUAUACAGUGGUACCUCUAGUUGCGUGCACCUCUGGAUACGUAUCCUUCAGGUUAUGCACGCGGCAAACCCGGAAGUAUUUUUCCAGGUUUCUGCGCAUGGGCAGAACAGGCACCUCCAAUUGCGAAAACCUUGGGAUCUGACUGGAGCUCUGGAACGGAUCCUGUCUGCAACCGGAGGUACCACUGUAGUCCCCUUUUACGUUGCUUUCUCUUGGUAGCACCAGGGGAUAGGACAAGUCAAAUGACUUAACAGCAGAGUGUUAAUGUCACAACUGGUGGAUAUAGGAGGAUAUUCCAGAAUGGCGGAAAAUAGGUGGGCUAAGUGCAGCAUAAUGUGGAACCCUUUUGAUUAGUGGCAGGGUUUUCAGGGUGAGUGGGAGGUCAGCCAAUGUCAGUGGCUCUCCCCUUAAAAACUCAGUAGCCAGCCUUCUCCAAAAAGUCCAACAUUUUCUUCCUCAGAAAGCCUGUUCUGAGGUAUUUUUCUGUGGUCAGUGGAUGAUUCCUUUACUUAAAAUGUCGUCAUCACUGGAAUGUACCCCCCCACUCCUUUCAAUCUGUGUGAUGGUCUUGAUGACUCUCCCAACCUUGCUUCCUGUUUUUCCUGCACAGACUUUCUCCAGGUACCUCGCCUUCAGGCGAGAUAACAACGAGCUCUUGCUGUUCAUUUUGAAGCAGUUGGUGUCGGAACAGACAAUGUACCAGAGGAAUCGCUACGGGGCUCAGCAAGAUACCAUUGAGGUGCCGGAGAAAGAUUUAGUUGAUAAGGUAUGUGGGUGACUUUCCCCCAACGUACUUGCUGUUCUUGGGAGCCUAAAUACCCUUCUGUGUUUCCUUUCUAAGCUUUGGGCAAAUGGGCUGUGAGCAUCAAUUGUUGCAAGGGGAAGUAUAAUACAGUAGCACCAGGCAAGCCUUUGGGCUUCAGCCUCUGCAACAACUUCUCUGGACAUUGCACACAUGUCUUGAAGCUUUAAUGCAGGGGAUGGUGAAGCUGCGACCCUCUACGGUGUUUCUGAACGACGGUUCCCACCAGCCACAGUUAAGUGUUGCCCAGUGGUCAGAGAAGUUGCAAUCUAGCUGUCCUUGGAAAAAGGACCUCUACGCGUAGAGAUAAAGAUCAAGGAAACUAUAGAGGUGUCACGUUCAUUUAGUAGCAUUACAUCCUCGUGGAUAAAAUGUCCAAGUCCAUCUAGUCUACCAGGUGUUCCUGUGAGAGAGGAGCUAAAAGUCUGCACCCUUUCAGGUACAGCUGUAGCGAUCACAGAAACAAAUUUAAUGUAAAGCAGAGUCUUAGUGGCUACCAGCCUGGUGGGCUGUUUGCUCCCUCCACUGCUGGAGACAGCAAUGCUUCUGAAUGCCUGUUGCUUGAAACCACAGGAGGGGAGAACGCUGUUGCACUCAUGUCCUGCUUGCAGGCUUCCCAUAGGCAUUUGGUUGGCCACUGUGAGAACAGGAGGCUGGUGUAGAUUGGCCUUUGGCUUGAUCCAGCAGAGCUGCUCUUCAAAGAUGAGGCAAAUACAGUUAUUGUGUCCUUAACUGUUCAGUCAUCUCCGUUUCUGUUCUCCUGGUUGUUGUUUUUUUGCUAGACAGAUAUGCAUCUAUGAUUAAUCUGUUCUUGAUUAAACUCUUUGCAGCUUGUGGAAAAGUCUGGCAAACACAUCUCUUUAAAUUAUUCUCCUCUCUCUGCCCCCCACCCUCCUCCCAGGCUCGCCAGAUCAACAUCCACAACCUUUCUGCCUUCUACGACAGUGAAUUGUUCAAGAUGAACAGGUUCAGCCGCGACGUGAAGCGGAAACUGAUUGUGCAGGCAUUCUGAGGCCAGCAAAUUCCUGAGUGGCUCCGGAUAAUAAGAAUUUAGAACUGUGCUUCCUCCAGCGGUGCAGUGGUACACAGGCUGUUGCAAAGCAGUAUCACAGGGAAGAUCUGGAUUAUCUGCUACGAAGGGCUUGUGCAUAGAAUAGAAUGGAGCCAAAUACUCAAACUCCUAAGCUUAAUUGUAGCUGAGCUUGCUGGAUGAAAUGUUGCAGGAAUGGUUUCCUGCUGCCCCCUAAGUUUUUGAAAUUUAACUCCACUUGGGCAGGUUUUUCUUCAAAUUACCUUCCUAGAUUGAUUAAACUUUAUCGGGUAGGGGUUGGGCACCCAGUGACCAGGCACUGUUGAAUUCUAACUCCCAUAGUCCCUGACCAUUAGCCGUGUUAUCAGGGACUGAUGGGAAUUGGAAGGCAACAUUGGGAGAGCCACAGGCUAGCCAACCUUGUUGCAAGGUUCCUCCCUUCUGUAACUGGGAAUGACUUUGUUUAAGCUAUCCAAACAAGCAGAGGGAACGUAAGCGCAAGUUGUACUCCAUCUCUCUCCAUUUAUUAUACAGUUCAAAGCUGAGCACACAAACUUUUCACACCUUGAAGAAAUGUGUUGUUUCUGCACAUGAAGAUGGCUCAUUAAUCUUCUACAAGGUAGUGGUGUGUAGACCCCUCUUCAGACACAUGAAAACAAACAGGCAAAGCAUUUUCCCUCUUGAUUUGAACGUAUAGAUAACGUUCAUAAAUUGUCAUUGAAUUAACAGUUCCUGAUCUAUUGUAUGUAUGAAAAGCCCAAGUGGUGUGUUCAGAGACAGAUUUAUUUUUUUUUUUUUUUAAAGCAAUUUAUUGGAUUUUACAAUAAGAAUAAGUGUAAUAAACAAUAUAACAUUCGUCUU